CCCCAUCUUGAUUCUUAUUCUUAUUCUUAUUUCCCCUUUUUCACAUUGUCUGUUCCCCCCAUUUCCACUGUCCCAUCUACCGCUCAAGUCUCCCCAGCCGAUGCAUCAUCUACCUGUACAUACACAGACACCCCCAUUUCCAUUCCCCGAACAACACUCCCUCAGCCUCACAAUGCCCAAAAUAUACACACCUGUCAUAGAUUAUUCUCAAUCUCCAACCCGAAACCAACAAAACUAAUAGCCAGUUCCCUCCCCUCUCCCCAUGUCCGACUCCACCUCAUCUGCGACCUCGAUGUCUGUCCUCCGUCGGCCGUCGGCUUUCCCCCAUUCCCCGUUACCGACGGCAUGGCACACGUCAAAAAAGCCUUGGCCUUUUUCCCUCUGCUCUUCGGUCCUCCGAAUCCCACUCGCCCAAAUCUUGCAACCCGCGAUGCUCCAUUUCAAUAACAAUUUAGACGUUAAUAAUAGCUCUCAUGUAUCUGCUCGUGUCCUGCAUGUGCAGCGCAGUUGCAUAUAGGAACGUGGAGUCUGUUUUUCCUUUUUAUUUAUGGGGUGGCGCGCGCGCUGUGUUCCUGCCCCCUGCGCAAGUACACCUUUGGCAGCCAGCAGCCUGCCAGCCGGCAAAUCCACUUGGGUUACCCGAAGAAAUUUCCAUUGGACAGGGUCGCCGUCUGUGUGUGCGCCGGAGGAGACCCGAGAUCCCAUCCCUUCCCGUCAAUCUCAUCCAUGCACCCGUCAUCUGUAUACAGAUGUCCAAACCAGAUCCCAUAUAAUUAUCAGCUCGAUCUCGUGGACAUCGAACCCCGAUAACAAAGAAGAAAUAGUAUUCAUGAGUGAUAGUCGUGCGCUACCUCCUACCUCCCCAACUUCCUUGCCCAUCGUGUUGCGCAGUAUAUACACUACAUAA